AUGGGAAAAGAAAAUAAAGAAACCAAUGUGGAGAACACUCAGGAGGCUACAGCCAAGCAGGAUGUGGCCAGUACUGUUUCUGUGGAUAAGUUUGUUCUUGAGUUAAUAUCUUCAAUGGAUUUGAUUAAAAGAGGUGUGGAGUCGGCAGAUCAAAGAUUAAUUGGGCGUGCUUUGAGAUUAUGCAGUUUGAGUAGGAGUAAUUUAAAGAGGAAAUAUAUGUUGGAAGUUUUAAGUGGCCUUGAGAAGAUGAUAAUGACCCAAGAGCCAGAAGAAUCGAAUAUUCUAAUGUUGAAAUCACUAAGAUUGAAUUUAGAUUUAGAGUUUUUAAUGUGUGAGAAUGAUGUGGAAAUGAAAGACGAACCAGAAAAUGUUGAAUCUGAAAAUAAGAAGACAAUUAAUAUGAUAGAAAAGAUGGAUUGGAAUUCAAUGAAGCCAUGUUUAAAGGAAUGUAUUACACUUUUGGGGCUUUUAGUUCUUAUAAGAAUGUAUAGUGUUAGGGCAGAAAAUUAUAUAGAAAAAAAAGAAAAGUCCUUGGAAUUAAAGAGAAGUAAUUUCCGGGAAUGCUUAGAAUUUUCUAAGAUUUUGUUUGAAUAUUGUAAAAGAAGCACAAGCCAGACAAUGGAUCAAAUAGUUUCAAAGGUUAUAUAUUUUUAUUCAAGAAUCCACGAAAUUUGUGGUGAAUUUACAAAUAUUAAGAAUGAAAUCCUAGAGUGUUACAGAAAUGCUGUGUUAAAUCACAAUAGUAUGACUCAGGCUGCAUGUAUUAACUUGAUCCUUAGAAACUAUGUGUUGACUAAAAGAUAUGAUUUGGGAUUAAAAGCAUUAGAGAAGAUGGUUUAUCCAGAAAAUCUUUCAUCUGGAAUACAACAAGCAAGAUAUUUAUAUUACUCUGGUAGAAUUUACUCUGCUCAACUUGAAUAUCAAAUGGCUUUUAAUAGUUUUACGCAGUCACUUAGAAAAACUCCUCAAACUAAAGGAAGAGGUUCACUUAAUUUUGCUCUUUCAGCUCAGAAGUUUGCGAUUGUGGUUCAAAUGCUCAUGGGAGAAAUCCCAGAUCGCUCCAUUUUUAAUUCAACUGAUUUGAGAAAAGGAUUAGCACCAUAUUUUGAGCUUGUAAAAGCAGUAAGAUCUGGUGAUAUGAAAGAAUUUGAUUUGAAUCUUCAGAAACAAGGCCAAAUUUAUGAACGUGACGGAACACUUUCAUUGAUUAAAAGGCUAGCACAUAAUGUUAUUAGGUCUGGACUUAAGACUAUAUGCUCAUCUUACAACCGAAUAUAUCUGGAUGAUAUUGCUGAACAUUUUGGUUGGGACAAUUCUCAUGAUGUUGAGGGAGUAGUUUCUAAAGCAAUUUUUGAUAAGGUUGUUGAUGCAAAGAUUAAUGACAAUAUUAAAUGCGUAGAGAGCCAACAGAAAUGUGAAACCUAUGGUUCUGAGUCAAUGCUCAAUAACCUCCAUUCUCGUAUUGCUUUUAGUCUUCUCCUUAGAAGUAAUGCUAUCAAAGCUAUGGAAUAUCCGCAGAAUAUGCCUGUUAAUAAAGAAAAUAACGAUGAUGAAGAGGCAAGAAGACUUUCACAAGAAGAAAUUGAAGCAGCUGUCAAUAGUGUUGACGAUGGAUUGCUUUAG